UCUCGCCGUAGGCUUUACUCGAGAACCAGACCCAAAGAUCACACCAUUAUAUAUAAUAUACACAUUGGAUUAUAAAAAAGCACAAUCUUUGAAUGAUUUCUCCAAGGUUGUCUCUUUUCUUCUCUGCUUUCGAGUGAUUCUAUUUUCCAACGGUAACAAAAGGGUUCUUCUUUUUUCAAAAUCCGACAGAGAAAGAUCAGAGCUUUCUUCUUCUUCUGACAAUCAUCAUCAUCAGAUAUAGAGACAAAGACAACGACUAAGAAAGAGACUUUCUCUGCUUUAUUUGUUAAAGUCGGCGGUGAAUAGUAAUGGAGAGACGUAACGAAGCGUUGAUGAUUAGGAAAUCGAAGUGGCAGUACCCACAAGUGGGUUCUCCGACGCCGAGGAUUCUUCAGUUGCCACGGAGGCAUAGUGUUCGACGAAAUGCUUCAAAGGGCUUGAAGACAACAGUUUCUUCGUCGUCUCAGAAGGAUCGGAGAGUGAAACUGGAGGUUUUGUUUCAUCAAGAGAGGACUUUUGAUCGGGGGGCAUCGAUUGUGAUGGUGAAUGAUAAUGGUGGUGAGAAGAAGGAUGAAGAAGAGGGAAGGAGAAGAGGGAAAGUUGCAGAUGGGAGAGAGAUUGGUGUGUCUGGGUUGUCUUCUUCUUCUGCGGUUGAUGAAGUUGAGGAAGCUAAGUGGAGGUUUCAAGCGGAGAUGUUGAGAUCAGAGUGUAAUUUGUUAAGAAUAGAAAAAGAGAUUGCUUUGAAGAAGAUGGAGAGGAGGAAGAAGCGAAUGGAGCGGACGCUGAGAUCUGCUGUUCUUACUCUUCUAUCUGGGAAAGAGAGAAUCUCUGAAGGGACGAAAGAGAGCAAGGUUUUGGAAGAUGAGAUAAGCUAUUUGGUUGAGAAACUGAAUGAGUUAAAGUCUCCAAAGGUUAAGGACAUGGAAGCUAGAAACUUCAAACAUAAUUUUGAUAAGCAAGCUUCUGUUUUAAGAAGAGAGCUAGAGAGGUUCGAUGAAGCAGUUUCCGAAGAGGUUUGUGUCAAAGGGAUUCAGAAAAUGGCAGAGGCUAGCUUCUCCGUCCAUUCUGAUCAAAACGCUCUUAGGAACAAUAAUGGAAAUAUAGAUACAUUGAGUAGUAAAAUGGAGGCGUUGUCAAAAGGGGUUUUGUUGGAAAGAAUGGAGAAAGAAUAUGGAUCGAGUCUCGUUGCACCGUCUUCAAGCUCUGUACAAGACAUGUAUUGUAAGGGAAUUAAAGCGCAUGAGGAAAAGAAAGACUGUUCUAGACACUGCAAAGUAGUUAUGAGGAAGAUUGCGGAUGAAGUAAGAGCUGAAGCAGAGCAAUGGUCACAAAUGCAAGAGAUGUUGAAUCAAGUGAGAAAAGAAAUGGAGGAACUUCAAUCUUGUCGUGAUUUCUGGCAAAACCGCGCCCUCGAAGCAGAUUCCGAGAUACAAAAUCUACAUUCCUCUGUUGAAGGAUGGCGAAGAAAGGCGUUAUCAUCAGAGGCAAAGUUGAAAAACCUACAAGCAGAGGUUUGCGGAUUACAAGAAGAGAUCAAGAGACUGAGAAAGGAAGAUAAGUUAGAACCAGAGAAGAACAAAUUGCCAUCAGAGUCAGAGAAAAGGGUAUUGAUUUGUCGGUUAAAAGAAAACCGACAUAGCAACAAUGGAGAUUGGUCCAAGUACAGUGAAGGAAGAACAACAAAACCGUCGAGCUCGAGACCGCCUUUGAGGGAAGUUAAGAACAGUUCAGUCAUAGCAAGGCAGAGAAACUCCAAUAUCAUGAAAAUGUAACCUUAUUUUUUCUGACAAAAACCGGUUUUUGUUUCUCUGGUUAAUAAAUUUACGAAUUGAGUUCAAGUAUUGGUUUUUUGUUAAUGAAUAAACGUACGGACGAGAGAAUAAGAGGAGUCAGAGUCACACACUUGGUUGAGAAAUGUCCCGUUGGAAAACUCUAACGAACUCUCCUAAAAAUGGC